UAGUCAACGAACGCUCAAUCACCGCUGCUUUGUUUUUUGUUUUGUCGCGUAGGACGUUACCACUGUUCAUCCAGGAGCUAGAUUCCAACACUCAAAAAACAACAAAAUGUUGCCGCAUCCUUCGCUUUCUCUAUUGCACGUGUCUCAGUCUCUUGUUGAUCCAAACACCUGAACCUGAUAAUACCAACUUCCCUGUUCCAUCUCUGAUUACUACUGCUGCAAAUGGAGGAAGAACAACAACAACAACACCUUUCUCUUUCCAUUUCACUUUCUGUUGUCUCUGCUGCUUCUUCUUCAUCAGAGGAGAAUUCCAAUCCAUCAGAUGCAGUGAUCUUCUUUGGUCUGAGUUUGGCUCUGGGGAUUGCUUGUAGGCACCUCUUGCGUGGGACCAGAGUCCCUUAUACUGUUGCCUUACUCAUUCUUGGCAUUGCACUUGGAUCCAUAGAAUAUGGUACUCAUCAUCGGCUGGGAAAGAUUGGGGAUGGAAUUCGUAUUUGGUCAGAGAUUGAUCCAGAUCUUCUUUUAGCUGUUUUUCUUCCUGCUCUCCUUUUUGAGAGCUCAUUCUUAAUGGAAGUUCACCAAAUUAAGAGGUGUCUUGCACAAAUGAUCUUACUAGCUGGCCCUGGUGUUGCGCUUUCUACUGUUUGUCUAGGAGUUGUUUUAAAGCUUACUUUUCCGUACAACUGGAGUUGGAAAACAUCACUGUUGCUUGGAGGACUUCUGAGUGCUACUGAUCCUGUUGCUGUUGUGGCUUUGUUGAAAGAUCUUGGUGCCAGCAAAAAGCUAAGCACGAUAAUUGAAGGGGAAUCCUUGAUGAAUGAUGGGACUGCUAUUGUGGUUUAUACUCUUUUCUAUCGGAUGGUUCUUGGAGAGACCUUCAAUUGGGUUGCUAUAAUCAAAUUUCUAGCACAAGUCUCACUUGGAGCUGUAGGAAUGGGUCUUGCUUUUGGGAUUGCAUCUGUUUUGUGGCUUGGGUUUAUUUUUAAUGAUACAGUGAUUGAGAUUGCUCUAACAUUUGCUGUUAGCUACAUUGCUUAUUUCACUGCUCAGGAGGGUUCAGGUGUUUCUGGUGUCUUGACGGUGAUGUCUUUGGGAAUGUUCUAUUCUGCAUUUGCAAGAACAGCUUUUAAGGGUGAAAGUCAACAAAGCUUACAUCACUUUUGGGAAAUGAUCGCUUAUAUUGCUAAUACCUUAAUUUUCAUUUUGAGUGGAGUUGUUAUAGCUGAAGGAAUACUUGGUGACGAAAAUGUUUUCUAUCAUGGAACAUCAUGGACCCACCUCUUGCUUCUCUAUGCAUAUGUUCAAGUGUCCCGGUGCAUUGUAGUCGGAGCAUUAUUUCCCUUUCUAAGAUAUUUUGGAUAUGGUUUGGAUUGGAAAGAAGCUAUUAUUCUCAUCUGGUCAGGACUGCGAGGCGCAGUUGCCUUGGCACUUUCCUUAUCAGUUAAGCGUUCGGGUGGCAAAUCAUCUGAAUUGACUCCAGAGACAGGAACACUGUUUGUUUUCUUCACUGGUGGAACUGUGUUUUUAACACUUAUAAUAAAUGGUUCAACCACACAAUUCAUUUUACACUACCUUGGCAUGGAUAAAUUGUCAGCUGCUAAGAGACGGAUCCUUAACUUCACAAAGUAUGAAAUGUUGAACAAGGCAUUGGAGGCUUUUGGUGAACUUGGAGAUGAUGAGGAGCUUGGGCCUGCUGACUGGCCCACAGUGAAGAGAUAUAUCUCCUGUUUAAAUGACAUUGAAGGUGAAUGUGUUCACCCUCAUGGAGCACCUGAAAAUGAUAGUAACCUAGAUCCUAUGAAUUUGAAAGACAUACGAGUACGCCUUCUGAAUGGUGUACAAGCUGCUUACUGGGAGAUGCUUGAUGAAGGAAGAAUUUCUCAAACAACAGCUAAUAUCCUAAUGCUAUCUGUCGAGGAAGCAGUAGAUUUGGCUUCAUCUCAGCCUCUAUGUGACUGGAAAGGUUUAAAAUCUAACGUCCAUUUCCCGAAUUACUAUAAAUUUCUACAGUCCAGUAUGUUCCCACCGAAGUUAGUUACGUAUUUCACCGUGGAAAGGUUGGAAUCUGCAUGUUAUAUUUGUGCUGCAUUUCUUCGAGCUCACAGAAUUGCCCGACAACAAUUACAUGACUUCAUAGGAGACAGUGAUAUUGCUUCUGCUGUCAUCAAUGAAAGUGUUGUGGAAGGAGAAGAAGCACGGAAGUUCCUAGAAGAUGUUAAUGUUACAUACCCUCAGGUUUUGCGUGUUGUAAAAACAAGGCAAGCAACAUAUGCAGUGCUAAAUCAUUUAAUUGAAUAUGUUGAAAACCUUGAGAAGGCUGGGAUAUUGGAAGAGAAAGAGAUGCUACAACUCCAUGAUGCUGUUCAGACUGAUUUAAAGAAACUACUAAGAAAUCCUCCUUUGGUUAAGCUUCCUAAAAUAAGUAGUAUCCAUCCAAUGUUGGGUGCUCUCCCAUCUUCAGUUCGUGAAUCACUUGCAAGUUGUACCAAGGAAAUGAUGAAAUUGCGUGGUUUGACACUGUACAAGGAAGGUGCCAAAUCAAAUGGUAUUUGGUUAAUUUCUAAUGGAGUGGUGAAGUGGGAAAGCAAGAUGAUAAGAACCAAGCACUCUUUUAAUCCUACAUUUACGCAUGGGAGCACAUUGGGUCUUUAUGAAGUGUUGACUGGAAGAUCAUAUAUCUGUGAUGUCGUCACUGAUUCCGUGGUAUUCUGCAUUUUUCUUGAAGCUGAUAAGAUAAGAUCAUGUCUCAAAGCAGAUCCUUUGACGGAAAAAUUCCUGUGGGAGGAAAGUGCUAUUUUCCUUUCCAAAUUAUUGCUUCCUCAGAUAUUUGAGAAACUGGGUAUGCAAGAUUUAAGAACUCUUAUUGCGGAUUCCGAGAGAUCUCGAAUGACCAUAUUCAUAAGAGGGGAAACAAUAGAAAUUCCUCAUCAUUCAGUUGCCCUCUUACUAGAAGGAUAUGUCAAAACUCAAGGUCGUCAAGAACUGGUAACAGCACCAGCAGCCCUGCUUCCUUCACAUGGGAAUCUAAGCUUCCAAAAUUUGGCAAGUUCAGGUUCUAAGGAAGCUAGUUUUAUUCAUCAACAAGGAUCUAGUUAUCUAGUUGAAACUACAGCAAGAGUAAUUCUGUUUGACAUUCCAGCACCUGAGGCUGAUGCUGCUCUUGUUAGAAGGUCAAGUUCACUGUUAUCACAUGCCGGGGAUCAUCCUCAUAGAUCUUUCCGUCGAAAACAUAGUGGUCUUAUGAGUUGGCCUGAACAUUUCUACAAACAAGACCAUAAGCAGAGAUCUGAAGGAGCUGGGCGACAAACCAAUAGUUUAUCUGCAAGGGCAAUGCAGCUGAGCAUUUAUGGGAGCAUGGUGGACAUCCCUCCCCGGAGUAGAAGUUUGUUAACCAAUGAUGGUAGACCACCUCAUAGCUUGUCCUAUCCAACCAUUGUGUCACAUCAAGGUCGUCCUCUUGUUUCAGUCAAAUCAGAAGGAGCUGCAACUGCCAAGAAGGUCCAUGAGGUCACAAGACAUGUUACAAAUCCACCUUCACAAAGCACAGAACGAAGACAGCAUCACCAUGGAGAUAAUUCAAGUGAUGAUUCUGGUGCUGAAGAAGAAGAUAUUAUUGUGAGGAUUGACUCACCAAGCACGCUAUCUUUUCGCUAGUCUUCAGGGUGAAGAAUCUUUUGUGAUUAUUUGUUUGUUGUGCAAUAAAUGGUGCCUCUGUAUCACCAACAUUGUACAUUAGAACAAAUAGGUGUAUAGAAUAGACCACGAGGCUGUAUUUUAUUUACAAUAAACGUAUUUGGAAAUGGGUGUUAUUACUUGAAGUUUUUUAAGUUGUACCAACAUUGUUAUAGAAAUACAAUACGUUUGAGUUUGGUAGACACUCUUCAAUCACAAAUCCCUUGGGAAGCUUUUCUCCAUUUAA